AUGCAAAAUGACAUAUAGCAAAUGUCGGAGCAUUAUUCAUUCACAUUUUCGGCUCAAUUUCGGACUUAAAUCGCACCGCUGGAGCUCCAAUGUGACGAUGGCUCGUUAGGGCUGGCGGCGCAACUGCUAUUUUUUUGGAUAUUUUAAUUUAUGAGAAAUCACAUUCACAGACAAAUAUUGGUUUCAACAUGGGGCUGUGCUACAGUUUGCGUCCCCGGCUCUUCGGGGACCUGAGCGGCUCUAUCUCCAACGCCACCUCGGACUCGGAUCAGCCCCCGGACGCCGCGGUGCCGACCCGCGCUGUGGGAGCUCGCCAGGAGGACACCGGGGGAUGCGGGGAGACUUCUGCGCUACGCGGCGGUCCGGCUCGCCCCGGGGACCCCGCUAGGCUACCGGCCGGGGAGCACCGCCGCGGAGACACCGGCACCGACGGUGUGCUCAUACAGAACGGAGGCGGCGGAGGUGGAGGUGGAGGCGGCGGUGGAGGUGGUGGAGGUAGCGGCAAGGGGACAGGGAAGGACCGCGGCCGACGCUUACAGCUGCUGCAAAAGACCAGCACCCAAAAGCAGAAAAACUGGGACAAAUUGCUGGUGGAGGAGAAGGAGGCCGAGAAGGAGGCGAAGAAAGUCAGUAAGAACAUUGACAGGACACUGAAGGAGCUCAAACGGGAGUACAAACAGACGCAUCGGCUGCUGCUGCUCGGUGCGGGAGAGUCCGGAAAAAGCACCAUUGUGAAGCAGAUGAAGAUCCUACACGUCAACGGCUUCAACGCGGAAGAAAAGAAACAGAAGAUCCAAGAUAUUCGGAAAAACGUGAAGGAUGCCAUAGUGACUAUAGUGUCUGCGAUGAGCACUUUAAUACCUCCGGUCCCGCUAGCCAACCCAGAGGACCAAUUCAGAAUCGAAUACAUCAAAAGCAUAGCACCUCUCUCCGACUUUGACUACUCGCAGGAGUUCUUUGAUCACGCGAAGAAGCUGUGGGACGACGAAGGAGUGAAGGCAUGCUAUGAGAGGUCCAAUGAGUACCAGCUCAUCGACUGUGCACAAUAUUUCCUCGACAGAAUUGACUCUGUAAGACAGAACGACUACACACCAACGGACCAGGACCUGCUACGCUGCCGAGUGUUAACUUCAGGGAUUUUCGAGACGAGGUUCCAAGUAGACAAAGUGAACUUUCACAUGUUUGAUGUUGGAGGCCAGAGAGAUGAAAGGAGAAAAUGGAUCCAGUGCUUUAACGACGUCACUGCUAUCAUCUUCGUGGUGGCCAGCAGCAGCUACAACAUGGUAAUAAGGGAAGACAAUAACACCAACAGGCUACGGGAAGCCCUGGACCUCUUCCGCAGUAUUUGGAACAACAGAUGGUUACGCACUAUAUCGGUCAUAUUAUUCCUGAACAAGCAGGACAUGCUGGCUGAGAAAGUAUUAGCUGGAAAAUCCAAAAUUGAAGACUACUUCCCCGAAUAUGCUCGCUACACCAUACCAAAUGAAGCAACUCCUGAACCUGGUGAAGACCCAAGAGUGACGAGAGCUAAGUUCUUCAUCCGAGACGAGUUUCUUCGGAUCAGCACUGCGAGUGGCGACGGCAGACAUUACUGCUACCCCCACUUCACCUGCGCCGUGGACACAGAGAACAUCCGGCGGGUGUUCAACGACUGCCGGGACAUCAUCCAGAGAAUGCACCUGCGGCAGUACGAACUCUUGUGAUGGGAGACCGCCUCAGUCAGCCUUCUGUGUUUUUUCUCCAUCAUUCUGCAUCCUUGACGAAACCCUUCCUCCUCUUCCUCCUCCUCCAUCCUUACUCCUCACCCCUCCUCCCCCCUGAGAGAAACCCUCAACAACCCCCCUGACCACCCCUCCUGUCGAGGACUAUGAAGUACUACUGAAGUGUGUCAAAUCCUCUUCCUCUUCUUAACUUCUUAGCAUUUUGUACUUCUAUUUUUUUUUCUCUCUCUCUCCAUGAGACCGAUGCGUCCCCAUUUUUCACCGAUUGUGAGAGGAAGGUUGGGGAACAAAGUUGUUGCGUGCCGCUUCUUGUUUUCUUCUUUUUCUUUUUAAUCCUUCCUUUUGAAUGCCUUGAUUUUUUUUUUUUUUUUUUGUCAUUCCACUAAGCCUUGGGCUACCUCCUAUUUUUUUUUUUUUUUUGCCCCUUUGUGUCCUUCUGUUUUUUUGGCUUUGUCAUUGGACCUGGACUGGUGGGUGUGGAUACAUAAAAACACACCUACGGGACCUCAGUGUAGAGGCAAUGUGUGUGUGUGUGUGUGCGCGUGUGUGUGAUGAAGAGAAGGAGGAAUGCCAUGUGAGCGGGAGUGUGUGUGUUUAUGUUUGUGUGUCACCUGCCGGUUAAAGCUGGCAUCGCCACCAUGACCUUUGCCCCCUCCCCCUUUUUUUUGCCCCAUCACCCCCUCCGACCUGCUCCUUCUCCUCCGCGUGGGAGACGACUGGACGACACCGGAGAGCAACGGGAGUGGACGGAGGGGAACCGAGUGGAUGAAGAGAUAAAUGCACUUUGCAUCAGGUUCCUUAAUAACUUUUUUUUUUUUUUUUUUUUUGUUUUUUUUUUCUCCAGAGGAAGCAUACACACAAUGUAGCAUCACAAUAUUUAUUACCCUGUCACGAUGUUAGCUUGCCGAGCUGCAGGGCGCACCGAGCAGCCGAGAGACAUGCGGAGCGAGAGAUUAAAGUGGGAGUCGGGGGGCAGGAAAUUACGACGACACGAAGAAGGAUUUAAAUGAAGGAAAAGGGACUGAGCUCUCUGCACCUUAGCCCUGCUGCCUCCACGGACUCGGACCUGCCUCCUUUUUUUCCACACAAACCAUCCUUUUAGCUUAGAAAAAUACAGA